AAAUGAUGUUUCUUCCUGUUUGAUACGAGCCAGUUCCAUGUAUCGCUAGGAGAGGGAGACGUACCGCGACAUGUUGACAGCUGGUGCUCGCUUGUCGUUAUUGUUCAGGCGUGUUAGCCUGCCAUCAGUUCGGUGUGCUGUGGCUCCGUCAUCAUUUGGUGUUGUCGGGUGUUACGGAGGGAUUAGUUUACCCGCUGACGGCGUCACGCUGACACAGAGCAGAUCACACAGCGGCACGCAGCACGUUGUUAAAGGGAAGCUGGUGCGUAAUGGACAGAAUAAGAAAGCAGUGGUCUGCGUUGAGGGGAACAUCGCCUGUGGGAAGACAACAUGUCUGGAGUAUUUUAGCAAAACUAGCAAUAUAGAGGUCCUCACGGAGCCAAUCUCUAAAUGGAGAAACGUCCGUGGACACAACCCUCUGGCACUGAUGUAUCAGGAUCCUGAGCGCUGGGGCAUCACACUGCAGACUUAUGUUCAACUCACCAUGCUGGAUAGACACCUGUCAGACAUUUCAGCUCCUGUCAAGAUGAUGGAGAGGUCCAUCUUUAGUGCCAAGUACAUCUUUGUGGAGAAUCUCUUCAGAAGUGGGAAAAUGCCAGAGGUGGACUAUGCUGUUCUCAGCGAGUGGUUUGAUUGGGUCACAACUAACAUUUACAUUCCUGUUGAUCUGAUUGUCUACCUGCAGACUUCUCCUCAGACCUGCCAUGAGAGGUUAAAGCAGAGAUGCAGAGAGGAGGAGAAAGUCAUUCCAUUGGAGUAUUUGGAGUCCAUCCACCAGCUGCAUGAGGAGUGGCUCAUCAAGCGUACCUCCUCCCCUCUUCCUGCUCCUGUUCUGGUGAUUCCUGCUGACCACGACCUUCAGAAGAUGCUUCACCAGUAUGAGGAAAACCGUGACAAAAUCCUGGCAGCUAGCAUCAUCUGAUGCCCAGUCAUGUAGUUGCACACACACAUACAGUCAAACACACCUCUGCAUGGUGACCGGAGGUCCCACGAAGCUGCUUACAAACUGUUGUUACAACAAGACUGAUCUGUUACAUUUACAGCUUUUUCAUGACCAACAAGUGCAUGAACAUUCUGAUUUUGAUUUCUAGCGAUUUUACAGCCCAUUUAUACACGCAACAGUGUGUGUAUACAAAUGCUAAUACUGAUAUUUAGUAGCUUACCAAAAAUAUAUAUUAGGGUGGAAAAGCCUCAGAAACAGAAUUAACUUUCAAACUUUCAAGUCAAAUAUUCCUCUAACCCUCAACUUUUCAUUCAAACGUUAAGGGUUUCUUAAGAACUUUGUCAUAGAGCUCCUCAGAACUUGAAGCUGAGAUUUAGCAGAUUCACUCUGAAUGUAGUUUCUCGUCUAGUCAUUAUUUAUUAGUUUGUUUUUUAUUUCGCCAUGUAAUCUACUGCACUUGAAGUUUGGAUGUGUUGGGUUUUUCAAUGUCAGGAAGUGAGAUGACAGGAUGUGGUUGAAGAUGAACUGGUGGCACAAUGUUUGAUUUAUAAAUUGAGCAGUGAGUCAUAUAAGAUGAGUGUCAGUCAGAGCCAGAAUUCAUAGUGUAUAUACUGAAAAGUGAUAUCAUUGAUGUUGGGACCUGGUGAAAACCAUUUUAUGUUUUUUUGUAAGUCUUUUGAAUAAAGAAACAUGUUGGAGUUUUUUUUAAAAAAAAACAUGUUUUCCAUAUUAAUUAAUUGCUCAAAUCCUCAUUUUGUGUUGGUCAGAUGAAGGAGAGGAAAAUAUACAAUGUGAAAAUAUACAGUGUUCAAUGGUUCUCAUAACACAGUUUAGAUAUGGUGGGAUAAGCUGCUACAUAUGAUUACAGACCAUCAAGCAAAUACUUUUACAACUAAACAUACUGGGUGGCAUUCAAGCACUGAGCUUUCAGGACCUGACAAAAAUAAUAUAUUGUCACAGUGCUUUUUUCCAUUUAUAUUUGAUAGAUUUGUUAAGUAACCAGCAAUGGUUGGUGAACAGAGACAUUUAAUUCUGUGAUACACAGUUUGAUUUUUCAAGUAACCGUAGUAUUGAUGUUUGUGAGGAAUGUCGCACAAUAAAUGUAUUUACAUAAAGUCAAA